AAAUUCUGUCAGUCAGUAUAAGGAGGGGUUUUUAAACAGUAUUUAUGGAAAAACUAAUCCUGCCAUAAUGGAUGUAUCUGUUGAAAUUAAUAUUAUUUUAAUUCUUUUAUAAGGCUGCAGAAGGGGGAGAGCGGGGGAUAGUGCAGACUGUAGGGACACUGCCCUCCUAACCAAUCAGAACACGCCUGUUUGCCAUUACAAAGUUGUUAACCCCAGAGUCUUCUGGCUCCUGCUGCUUUUAAUCUUUUUUGGAUAUUUCUCCGAUUUUUCCAAACGCCCACAGAGCCUCAUGAAAACCUCUUAAUUCAACCAGCGAUCAUGGAAGAAAGUACCACUUUCUAUUUACAAAAUAUUCUAAAGAUGUUUGGAUAUCGCUUUGCUGCAUGGAGAUGGCUGUUUGUAGGGGAACAAGUAUACAGCCUAUAUUGUUACAGUCAUUUUGCAAGGACUAUCAUCUCUGCCGCUUCUAAAGGAACAUCAUCUUCAGCGAGCUAUCUCGGCACAACAGGUAUAUGGAGAGAAGAGGGAUAAUAUGGUUAUACCAGUCCCAGAGGCAGAAAGUAAUAUUGCUUACUAUGAAUCUAUAUAUCCUGGGGAAUUUAGGAUGCCAAAGCAGCUCAUUCACAUACAGCCUUUUAGUUUGGAUGCUGAACAGCCUGAUUAUGACUUGGAUUCAGAAGAUGACGCCUUUGUGAAUAAGUUGAAGAAAAGAAUGGACAUCUCUCCUUUGCAGUUUGAGGAGAUGAUAGACAGGCUAGAAAAGGGCAGUGGUCAGCAGCCAGUCAGCCUGCAGGAGGCCAAACUGCUUCUGAAGGAAGAUGAUGAAUUAAUUAGAGAAGUGUAUGAGUACUGGAUUAAAAAGAGGAAAAACUGUCGAGGUCCCUCUCUUAUCCCAGCAGUAAAACAAGAGAAGCGAGAUGGUUCCAGCACAAAUGAUCCUUAUGUUGCUUUUAGAAGGCGAACAGAAAAGAUGCAGACUCGAAAAAAUCGAAAGAAUGAUGAAGCGUCUUAUGAAAAGAUGCUUAAGUUACGUCGAGAUCUGAGUCGUGCUGUAACAAUCCUAGAGAUGAUAAAAAGAAGGGAAAAAAGCAAGAGGGAGUUAUUGCAUUUAACAUUGGAAAUUAUGGAAAAGAGGUAUAAUUUGGGUGACUACAGUGGAGAGAUCAUGUCCGAGGUUAUGGCACAGCGGCAGCCAAUGAAACCUACCUAUGCCAUCCCCAUCAUUCCUGUUACAAAUAGCAGUCCAUUUAAGCAUCAAGAAGCUAUGGAACUGAAGGAAUUCAAAGUUAACAAGCAAGAGAAAGCUGAUGUUAUAAGACCCAAAAGGAAAUAUGAGAAGAAGCCCAAAGUCUUACCUUCAUCUGCUGCUGCUACUCCUCAACAGACAAGUCCUGCUGCACUACCAGUCUUUAAUGCUAAAGAUCUGAAUCAGUAUGAUUUCCCCAGCUCAGAUGAAGAACCUCUUUCCCAAGUUAUGUCUGGUUCCUCCGAAGCUGAGGAAGAAAAUGAUCCUGAUGGUCCUUUUGCUUUCCGUAGGAAAGCAGGUUGUCAGUACUAUGCUCCUCAUUUAGACCAAACUGGCAACUGGCCAUGGAGUAGUCCUAAAGACGGAAGAUUAGGAGAUGUCCGCUAUAGAUACUGCUUAACCACGCUCACUGUACCCCAAAGGUGUAUUGGGUUUGCACGAAGACGGGUUGGACGUGGCGGAAGGGUGCUACUGGACAGAGCGCAUUCAGACUACAACAGUACGUUUCGCCAGCUGGAUUUGGAAAUGCUUUCCUCAACGCAACACUCUUCAAUCAGUCAAGUUGCCAAUACCUCAGAAACAAAUACCUCGGACAAAUCUUUCUCUAAAGACCUCAGUCAGAUACUAGUCAAUAUCAAAUCAUGUAGAUGGCGGCAUUUUAGGCCUCGGACACCAUCUCUACAUGACAGUGACAAUGAUGAACUCUCCUGUAGGAAAUUAUACAGGGGUAUAAAUCGAACAGGCACAGCACAACCUGGGACCCAGACAUGCAGUACCUCUAUACAAAGUAAAAGUAGCAGUGGUUCAGCACACUUUGCAUUUACAGCCGAACAAUACCAGCAACAUCAACAGCAACUGGCACUAAUGCAGCAACAGCAGUUUGCACAAAUUCAUCAACAGCAAGCAAAUAGUAAUUCCUCUGCCAACACUUCACAGAACCUUGAAACUAACCAACAGGAAAGUGGCUUUCGCCUGAAUCUACAUCAUAGCCAUUCUGUAAAGUGUUUAGAAGGGACACUGCAGGGUUUUGUUUCCAAGACAUUGGAUUCUGUUAGUGCUCAAUUUGCUGCUUCAGCUUUGGUAACAUCUGAACAAUUGAUGGGAUUCAAAAUGAAGGAUGAUGUGGUGCUUGGAAUUGGGGUGAAUGGCAUCCUUCAGGCCUCAGGAGUAUACAAGGGCUUACACCUCAGUAGUACUACACCUACAGCACUUGUACAUACAAGUUCAUCGUCAGCAGCAGGUUCAACCUUGUUA